UAAGUAUCAUUACUGUGGUACUCGAGGGAAAGGAUGGUCAGCACUAUGGAAGAGAACCCUGACAGAACAUGAUGAAAGAUCUAGAAGGAUCACGCCUUGGAAGAGGCCAUCAUUGUCACAGACAAAGUCAUGAAAGCCACGAAGCCCGAAACAACCGAUUCCUGCUGGGGAGAACUGUGUCCAGAUGUCGGACCCUGGAUUUACGACAGAGCCGAUCAAAUCAUGGCGCAUAUGGAUCUGGCAAGAAAGGUAGGUGGGGAAGGGUAUCAGGAGACGAAUUUUGGAGUAAUUCAGGGGCUAACAGACACCACGCCGGAGGAAUUAACAGCAGAGGACUUGACGGAGGCGAGUGCUUCGGCUUCGGCCCCGGCCGUCAGUGAGAAGCCGGAGCAGCGGCCACGCGCGGGGAAGCAACCGGACGCCUGAGAACCUGACAGAAGGGCUCCCCUGAGUCACGCUGCUUGCGCUACAGUUCCGCCGGGGACCCUUCCAAGAGACCGGCCCGAAACUAAAAGCAGACGGCAGGAGAAGGAUUGGCAGCGCGUGGAAACCUUUUCAGAGAAAUGCAAAAGCAAACCAGGCAGAAACUGCCAGGUAUUUCCCGCAAAUGUCACCAGCGGCGCGCCUGCCUCUCGCCUGCCCUGCCCCCUCUCCGCCUGUUCGCUGCCGUCACCCGAGGCCGCCCCGGGCUCCUGAGCCUGCGCCACACGAAGACACGAGGAUGAAGAGCGUUAGGAUGACCCACUUGCACGCAGCGAGAGGUAAAUACAGAGAUCCUUUAAUGUGGAGAGCUGUGAUUGGAACUAAUAAUAUAAAAGGGUAUCAUCAUCCACACUCCAAGAAGAUAAAAGUUAAAGCAAUCAUUAUCCAUCCAGACUUCAAUUUGGAAAAUUACGUAAAUGAUAUUGCACUAUUUCACUUAAAAAAAGCAGUGAAAUAUACUGAGUAUAUUCAGCCUAUUUGUCUGCCUUUUGAUGUUUUCCAAAAACUGGACCAAAACACAAAGUGUUUUAUAAGUGGCUGGGGAAGAACAGAAGAAGAAGGUAAUGCUACAGAUGUGUUACAGGAAGCGGAAGUGCAUUAUAUCUCUCGAAAGAUUUGUGGCUCUGAGUGGAGUUAUGGGAAAAUGAUUCCUGACACUUCAUUUUGUGCAGGUCAUGAAGAUGGGAUUUUUGAUACUUGCAGGGGUGAUAGUGGUGGACCAUUAAUGUGCUACUUACCAGAACAUAAACGAUUUUUUGUAAUGGGAAUUACCAGUUACGGAUAUGGCUGUGGUCGAAAAAAUUUUCCUGGUGUCUACUGUGGGCCAUCCUUCUACCAAAAGUGGCUGACAGAUCACCUCUACCAGGCAAGCAAUAAAGGCAUAUUUAACAUAAAUAUUCUACUUGGACAGGUCCUUGUAGCCUCAGGUUCUGUUGUGUUACUAGCAAUUCCAUAAUGAAAUUCUGAAGAAUCUUUAUUUUGCAUUUUGUCUUUCUCCAUGUACUAUAUAAUGAAUAUCACUUAUUCUUUUGGCAAGUAAUUGCCCAUUUUACAGUUCUCAUGUGAAUAUUUUUUGGAACAAAAGGAUUGUGACAUAUUAAAUAUGUAAUUAUAAAUCUGGCACUGAAUCACAUGCUUCUUUGAUGUAUUCUGAUUAUUUUUUUAUGUUAUAAUCAUAAUUUCACAUUUGGAAUACUUUCCUAGAGUUUGUAUAGAA